GUGAGGGCGGCCCGGGCAGACCGGGACCGGUACCGGGGCCAGCUCGGGGUUCAGGCCGGUUCCCUCAGGGUGAACCGAGACCGGAGGCGGAGGCAGCGGCGGCGGCGAGGCCCGGGCUGGGCUGCGGCCUUGUGCGGAGACCACCGCCAUGCCGGUCGCCCGGAGCUGGGUUUGCCGAAAAACCUACGUCACCCCUCGCCGUCCCUUCGAGAAAUCCCGCCUCGACCAGGAGCUGAAGCUCAUCGGGGAAUACGGGCUGCGGAACAAGCGGGAGGUCUGGCGGGUCAAGUUCACCCUGGCCAAGAUCCGGAAGGCGGCGCGGGAGCUGCUCACCCUCGACGAGAAGGACCCGCGGCGCCUCUUUGAGGGGAACGCGCUGCUGCGGCGCCUGGUGCGCAUUGGGGUGCUGGACGAGGGGAAGAUGAAGCUGGAUUACAUCCUGGGGCUGAAGAUCGAGGAUUUCCUCGAGCGCCGUCUCCAGACUCAGGUCUUCAAGCUGGGCCUGGCCAAGUCCAUCCACCACGCCCGUGUCCUCAUCCGCCAGCGCCACAUUCGGGUGCGGAAGCAGGUGGUGAACAUCCCGUCCUUCAUCGUGCGGCUGGACUCGCAGAAACACAUCGACUUCUCGCUGCGCUCCCCGUACGGGGGGGGACGCCCUGGAAGGGUCAAGCGGAAGAACGCCAAGAAGGGGCAGGGGGGCGCAGGGGGGGGCGAGGACGAGGAGGAGGACUGAGCCCCCCCAAAAAAUCCGGGGGGGGACCCCGUGGGGGUCCCAGCUCCUGGAUGUCGGGGUGCCCUGGGGGGGGUUAAUGACAAUAAAUGGAAUUGUCCCAUCA